AUGGAAAGUGGAGGAUUCCAUGGCUACCGCCAGCUCCCCAACACUACUACUUCUGGGCUGAAGUUAACAGAGAUGAACAUGAGGCCACUUGAGAUAAACCAAACCAACAUUAACAACAACAGUCACAUUUCUUCUUCUGAUGACAAUGAAUGCACAGUGAGGGAGCAAGACCGCUUCAUGCCAAUAGCUAACGUGAUCAGGAUCAUGCGCAAGAUCCUUCCCCCACAUGCCAAAAUCUCAGACGACGCCAAGGAGACGAUUCAAGAAUGUGUUUCGGAGUACAUCAGCUUCAUAACAGGCGAAGCCAACGAGCGCUGCCAAUGCGAGCAACGCAAGACAAUUACCGCUGAGGAUGUGCUGUGGGCAAUGAGCAAACUAGGAUUUGAUGACUACAUUGAACCCCUGACCAUAUACCUCCACAGGUACCGCGAGAUGGAAGGGGAGCGAGGGUCGAUAAGAGGGGAACCACUGGUGAAGAGGGCAGUGGAGUAUCGGACAUUGGGAGUAGCAGCUGCAUUUGCACCAACAGCAUUUCAUAUGGGGCACCACCACCAAGGGUUUUAUGGAGGAGCAGGCAUGGGAGGGUACUUGAAGGAUGCAAAUGAGAGUAAUGGGAAUAUUAAUGGGGCAGGUUCAUCACAGGGUGGUGUGGCUAAUGGUGGUAAUAAUGAUGAAGCAUAUGCUCAGCAUAAGUGA